AUGAUCGUACGCUUGCCGACAUUCACCCUGCCUCCACUGCCGCCCCCGCUCUCAGUCUCACACCUUCUCACUUGCGUGUGGUCGCUCCAAGCGCUCGUGCACGGUUCAACCCUUCCUUGCUCCUCGCUUCAAUCUCCCAACGUAACCGAGAACGGCCUAGACCUUGAGCGGUCGUGCCCCGAUCGCGAUCGUCGUCCUCGCCGUCGUCCUCAGCGGACCCCGCCAAGAGUGAGUCUGAGCAGGGUCGAAUCAUCCGAUCAGUCACAGUUCUGGAGACUGCGGCGCUGUCUUGCCUGCAGUGGGCAGUGGACACUCCACUCGAAUUUGUCACGAACACUGACCAGCGUCGCGCCUCACGUUACACGCCCGCAGUGAGCUCCGACCGCGCAGCGCCAGGUGCACCUCGUCGCAGCAGCCGGAUUGAGCGGCAAAAGCAGCGCGCGCCGGUCACUCAACCAGCCGCCAUCAACGCUCGUCUCGCGUCGACCUCCGCGUUGUCGUCCUCGGCUGGCCAGACUUCCACGCCGCUCGCAUCGGAGACCGACCCGAUCACUCGAAGCAGCGAAGCCUACGACUUCUCCCCCUUGAGAAAGUCGCUUCCUGGCCCCGGGUCUCCUUCUCCGUCGACCCCAGGCGCUUCGCGUGCCACCGGCCCCGCGUCGCCCGCAGCGUCGCCCGCAGCGUCCACCUCGCGCACGUGCUUGUCGACGCCGAUCUCCGCCAGGACGGUUCCCAGCGCCGGAGAGCGAGCCAUUGCGAGGGCCGACCGAAUCGCCAACGCGAUGGAAGGGAAGGAGUACUUCAGCCAAGGGCUGUGCGACUACUUUUUCGGCAACCCGACCGCCUGGGAGGUUAGGAACAAGGUGUGGUCGAAGAACUUCGCGAUCGGCACCGAAGAGGCGAUGGCCGAGGUCAUAGCAGCCGUCAACAAGAUCGUGAGUCAGGAGGGCUGAGUCCUGAAUCGGUUGGCUGCAUUCGUGUUUCUGGUGCAAAGGUCUGACUUGCGGCGGGCCGUGCUCCUCGCAGACCGGCGACAACCGACUCGUCGCGUGCAAGAACUCGCCCAACUACAUCGGCGUUGCCCCCGACCGCAUCGAGACGACGGAGAAGACGGCCGACGUCGUUCUGCUCACCCGCGCUUCCAUCAAGCACGACCCAACACUUCCAAACGUAUGGGCUCUGCCCAAGCAUGCUCGACCGGACGCCAAGGACGAAGGCAAAAAGGGCAAGGGCAAGGGCAAGGGCAAGGGCAAGGCCACGGCCGUCGGCAACGGCAACGGCAACGGCAACGGCAACGGCAAGGACGAUGGCGAGAUGAAGGAGGACAACAUUGAUGCGCUCGUUCGAACCCUCGUCCAUGUUGCCGCCGUCGGCGAGGCGAAAGGAGGCGACGCCGACGCGAGAAAACAUCUCCUACGACGACUGUCCGCCUUAUUAGCGACUCCGAUCCGAGAGUUUGCUAUCGGCUUCACCUUGCGACACAACCGACUCAAGGUUUACCUGCUCAACGCGUGUGGCCUCUUCCACACCAAAGAAGUCGUCGUUUCUGAAGAGAAUGGCUUUCUCUCGACCUUCUUCUACCGUCUCGUCGGGCACGACGACUUCGAGAACGGCCUCCUGGCAACCACGAACUCGCUCGACGAUCGUCAGGGCCCGUAUACGCCCUGCGAUGGCUUCUUCCCCGCGGCGGCCCCGGAAUUUGUUGGUGGACCCGUGUCGCUGAGGGAGAUCACAAUCGUACGACUGCUCUUUCGGCGUCAAACGGAGUGCGGUCGCGCUACCUCGACGUACGAGAUCACCGUCCGCGAUGGCACCACCGUCAAGACCCACGCCAUGUCGAUCGCCUGGGUUGAACAGUCGCGCAACACCGACCUGGCCGAGAUUCGGAACUUCGUCCAGGCGAAGAGGCCUCGAGGUCUUGCUCCGCUCGUCGCCGUCUUCCGAGGCGAGUACGAGACCCUUCGUCCCGCGUUCCUCGAUCGCGACCAUACGUUCGACAAGCUCGUCCCCCGCGCCCGGGAGGUAGUGAUUCAUGAAGAACGUUACCGAUCCCUCGACACGAUCGAGAACACGAAAAGUCUCGCUCGCGUUCUCGAAGGUGCGAUUGAAGGUAAGUGCCCCGAGCGGAGCCGAGCGGCGUCGCCAUGCCAAGAUCGGCGCACGUCGGCGCAACGGCCGCUGAUCGGUUUCCACACGCCUGACAGGGCAUCGCGCGCUUUGGAACCACGGCUACAUCCACCGAGACGUUUCGUACGGAAACAUUAUGGUCGACAAGAACAAGGAUGGCAUCUUAUUGGACUACCACCUCGCCGUAAAAAAUACUCGAUUGAACGAAGAAGAAUACCGCCUGAACCGCUCUGUACAUUGCCCGCUCUCGUUUCAAUCGGCUUCCGCUGGUCCUGGCUCGGGUUGGCUUACUCGAACCUAUUCACUUGCACCACGAUCCAUAACAGGGCACACUGCCUUACAUGUCUUGGUUGCUUCUAGACGGCCCAUCCGGAGGGGUCACGCACGAGCGCUGGCACGACGUAGAAUCGUUCUUCUACGUCGCCUGCCAUAGGGCCUUCCAAUCCACGUCGUCGUCCACGCUCAAGGUCCUCGCGAUUGAAACCCCAGAAGCCAAACAUAUUUGGAAUUACUGGAAUGCCGGGGAUCUGACGGGCGCAGCAAACGCGAAGUUCACCUUACAACGGGCCAGGAAGUUCGACGAGCUUGUCCAGGCUCGCGCACCUGGAUGGGAUCGAAUGAAGGAGUUUCUGACUACCCUGAAGGAGCACUGCUGGCUUCACUUAAUCCAAGGAGAAGAAGAAGACCUCAAGGACCUUUGGGAAUCGCAAGUGAUGUCGUAUGAUGGACUCCUCGCGGGCUUGAGGGCUUUUUAUCAGUCACCUUGA